AUGCCAAGCCGAAGGGUGGAGGGCUUUUUAAGCAGUCUGACUGAGCAAGAGUACCACGCGAGUAGAGCGCGUUUCGAGAGGACUGAAGCCCGGGCUGCCAUCAUGAGUUACGAAGAGUUUUUGGAGCAGCUUGAGCUCCAAAAUCAGUGGGAAGCAGCCUCUCGUCGUGAUGAAGCUCGUAACAAUAGAGCUGAUCAUGCUGCCAAUGGCUUUGGAGGGUUUGAUUAUCUUGGGUCUUGGAUACCUUGUUCACGUAAGGCUCGUGAUCGCCAUGCGAGCGGUUCGUCCCAUGGUCAUGGUGAUCAUCGUGGCAUCAGUAGAAGAGACUAUGAGGCUUACUAUGGCGACGAGUCGUUGGCUGGAGAGUCCGACGGUUUCCACGCUGAAGGAGGGAGUGGCAACCUCGGUGCUCGUACUCAAUCUGGGGCGUUCAAUUCUUAUGGUCCAGCGCAUAGACAUACGGGAUACUCGACUGAGGACAUUGCAGACUUUGGAGGACGUGAUUAUCGUCACCGAGCGUCACCACCACCUCGACGUGGUGGAAUGUCUUUAGGCGAACGUUCAGCUGCACAGCCUUCACUCGCUGAUGCUAGCUCUCGUCAUAACGGAGGCCGGCAAGACCUUCCCUCGCAAGAUCGCGAUGAUAGCUAUGAUAGUGACGCUAGCUUUGCGAGCUCGAGUAGGCGCUACGAUGGACGACACAAUCCUGCAGGCCGUCGCCAUUAG